CAUUCACGUUGCCUUUGGAGUUGAUGAGAUGGAAGUUCUCAUGAUGCUAAACUUGACAUGCUGAGUCAGCAGGGCAUUUUAACCACGUGACUUAUGCCGGGCGGACCCGGCUCGAAUUGAAAUUCGAGUACAGCCAUUGGGCCGGACAGCUGGGCCCGCCGGAUUUCUAGCAGCCUGAGGCCAGCAACCCAAAGUGGCUUGGCUCAGACCAUUGCCGAAUCAUUCCUCUGCGUUUGCGAGCAACCAGCCCAGGGCCAGGAAAAAGACCUCACACAGCGUCGUCGUGACCUCACACCUGCCACCAGCACCUCCGCCAACGCCGCUCGUCACCUCCUCCGCCGCCGCGCUGCCACAUUGCGACGAUUCACACGAUGGCGCCCCUCUCCAUUGCCUCCCGCGCCCUCGCGCGCGGCGUCUCGAGACAGUGCACCCGCAACGUCCGCGCCAUCAGCACCACCACCCAGCUCCGCGAUGCCCCGGCCUCGUCCUACUCGAGCCCGUUCAAGGGCUCCCAGAAGGCCAACAACAUCCCCGACUUCGGAAACUACAUCAGCGCCGACUCGGCCAGCACCAACAAGGUCUUCCAGUACUUCAUGGUCGGCACUCUUGGUGCCAUCACCGCUGCCGGUGCCAAGUCGACCGUCCAAGAGUUCCUCAAGAACAUGUCUGCCUCCGCUGAUGUCUUGGCCAUGGCCAAGGUCGAGGUCGACCUGGCUGCCAUCCCCGAGGGCAAGAACGUCAUCAUCAAGUGGCGUGGCAAGCCCGUCUUCAUCCGCCACCGCACCGAGGGCGAGAUCGAGGAGGCCAACAAGGUCAAUGUCGCGUCCCUCCGUGAUCCCCAGGCCGACGAGGACCGUGUCCAGAAGCCCGAGUGGCUUGUUAUGUUGGGUGUCUGCACACAUCUUGGUUGUGUCCCCAUUGGCGAGGCUGGCGACUUUGGCGGCUGGUUCUGCCCGUGCCACGGCUCUCACUACGAUAUCUCUGGCCGUAUAAGGAAAGGACCUGCUCCUCUCAACCUCGAGAUUCCCACCUACGACUUCCCCGAGGAGGACAAGCUUGUCAUCGGUUAAGCGAUAUGCGACGCGCGACUAUGUACAAUUAUGACUAGACGAGUGUGGCGUACCGCUGGGGUUGUCAUUUCGUCCCGCUUUCC